UUUUUUGACCCUGUAAUACCUAUAUGCACCUCAUGCGUUCUUAGAAAGCUGUUAAAGCGCAUUCGGUGUAUGUAGUUUUGUACGUUGCGCACGCACGCAUAGACGAUAUUCUAUAUUUGAAAUCGCAUCGAACACCCGCGACUGUACCCUACUCGAACGUUCUUUAUCGCUGCUACGUGUUUGUGUGUAUUACGGCGCAAAACAUCGCAAUUAACGUUCCUCGUUGCGCAGAGUUGGCUCUAAUUUUUCUCGCGCACCGAGUCUUUUUGCGGAUUUCGUCGAACCCAUCCAUUCACGAGUCGUCUCGUCCGCCGCGUCCGUCUCUCUCGCACGCGUGCACGUUGACGCGCGCGCAUCGCGCUCCCUUACGUAUCAAACGCGUGUGUGCAUAUAUACAUAUAGCUAAGCUAUAUAUACAAACAUUCUAGAACGAGUCUCUUUCGCGUACACAACAUAGUGUAUACGACGGUGCGUGUCCUUGUUUUUCUUGCUAUAUUUUACGUACGCCUGCUACCAGUGUGCGGGGACUGCUCAUUCAUUGUCUUAUUCGACGCAGUAGUGAUCGGUGAUUUUUUAAGGAUUUGUUGCGUCAAUAUCCCGUCCGUCAUCCGUGUAAAGCAAUAAUUGUUGCAGCUGUUUUGUGUGUGCAAUCUGCACUGCGCACUCCGAUAGCAUAGCUUCGGCUGCUCGCUGCUGUUGCUGCUGUUAACGCGCACAUAAAGCGGAGGCAUUGUUUUGGUUUGGCUCGUUGUUUUUUUCAAGCUCAUUUAUAAAUGAAAAAAGUAUGACUUCGACGGAAAAGUACAAUAUCCAUCUUUUGGAGCUGCCCGACAUCGUUUUGGAGUGCAUACUCUCGAAACUCAGCUACGAUGAGAUCGCCAAAAACAGAAUCGUGUGUAAAACGUUCAAUAAUUUAUGUAAGAAACUUUUGAACCGAGGUUUCAAUACAAUGGAAAAAUACCAUGCUCAUCGUCUCAAAGCAAUAAAAAGUCAGUUGCCCCGUAGAGAGUCUGAAAGAAGAAGUCAUCCUCUGGCAAGACAUAGUGAUAUUUUAACAGCAAUAGAAACUCGUAUAUCUAUGCUCUCCAUGACCUUUUCUAAAUACAUAGAUUUGAAUCUAUGCUGUUUUAUACCUGGAAAGGUCAUCGAUGAAAUAUUCAAAAUAUUAUUCAUGAUUGAAUUUACCAAAGUACCUCCAAGAACUCCUGAAAUUCUUCAAGAACUGCGAGAUAUUAGUAGCAUGGCAAUGGAACAUUUUGAUGAAAAAAUUCUACCGGAUCUCAGACCCAGUAUUCGUUCUGGUAUCACUGGAAGUCCCAUCAAUUAUGAAGAAAUAGUAUCAAAUCACAGUCCAAGAUGUUCAAAAUUAUUACCUUUAGCACAUGCGUCAAGUAGAGACAUACUAAACCAAAGUUUGACAAAAAUCUAUAAUAGAACAAAAAAAAAUAGAAAUACAGUACUUUGUGUCAAAGGUCAAAUUGGCAAAUUGAGAUUGAGGCUCAACAGACAAUCCUUUCAUAUGCGAGUACAACAUGUGAAGUUGAAAGAGCAUGCCAAAAAAAUUCAAGAACAAGAAGCUCAACUCAAUGAUAUGAGAAAACAUUUGCAAGAAUGGGAGCAAAAAUUCAGUGAUCUGAGAGCAGAGAUGAAUUGCUCGAAAGAAAUAGUCCAAAUGUCCGAUUCACGGGAGAGUUGCAAAAGAAAGUUUUCAGAGCCAGCAGAAACGAGCGAUUCUAGUAUUAUUUUACCGAAAGACCUACGAGCUAAAAAGCGUAAAUUAAUAGUCGAAAGAAAGGUUUCGAACGACGAUCAAGACGUCAAAUUCUUGAACUUCAUCACGCAUAUUUUGUCCGAUCCAAAACCAUAGAAAUUGUCACAAAAUGUUUAUAAAUCGUUUUUUAAUAAUUAAUUCUUUUGAUGGUUGAUAUAAUUAAUUUAGAUACGAGCAAUUAUAUGUUUAACGUGAAAUUAUUAACUGUACAGCUUAAGAUAAUGUUUUUAGGCAGAGGCAUAAUAAAAAGUGACUGAUUUUGCCCCAGAAAAAUGAAAAAUAAUUCAAGUAUUUAUAAAAAUGAAUAACAUUUUUAAGUCAAACUUGGAAAUAAAUAAAAUGUUAUGUGAAAUUUGAAAAAGAAAAAAAUUUUACGCAAUCAAAUUGUAAAAUUUGGAUCUCUAGCCCCAACAUUGAAUUGUAUUGUAUAAAAAUCAUCGACUAAAUAUUCAAUAGGAAACAAUUUAGUUUAAAAACAAAAAAAUUUAACAAAGCAAGUAUCAUUUUUCAUGAAUCAAGUAUAUAUAUAAUAUAAAAAUGAAGUCAUAAAAUAGCUAACGAAUCAUUGAAAAUGUAUCUUGUUGUUUAGGAUGUAGAUAUAGUAUCGUCGUAUAUUUAUAUCAUUGUAAUGUGAUUCACACCGCCAAUUUCGGCUUUCUAAGACUACUACUCGCUACAACUACUACUACCACUACUUCUACUA